AUGGCGGACCAAAACGAUGUCGAUCUCGACUCCAUCAUCGACCGCCUGCUCGAAGUGCGUGGCAGUCGCCCCGGCAAACAAGUGCAGCUGCUCGAGACGGAGAUAAGAUACUUGUGCACCAAGGCUCGCGAGAUCUUCAUCUCCCAGCCCAUCCUCCUCGAGCUGGAGGCUCCAAUCAAGAUCUGUGGCGACAUCCACGGCCAAUACUACGAUCUCCUCCGUCUGUUCGAGUACGGAGGCUUCCCGCCCGAAGCCAACUACCUCUUCCUCGGAGACUACGUCGACCGUGGCAAGCAGUCGUUGGAGACCAUCUGCCUGCUGCUGGCGUACAAGAUCAAGUACCCGGAGAACUUCUUCAUCCUGCGCGGCAACCACGAGUGUGCCUCGAUCAACCGCAUCUACGGCUUCUACGAUGAGUGCAAGCGACGCUACAACAUCAAACUAUGGAAGACUUUUACGGAUUGCUUCAACUGCUUGCCCAUUGCUGCCAUAAUCGACGAGAAGAUCUUCACCAUGCACGGUGGCUUGAGCCCCGACCUGAACUCCAUGGAGCAGAUCCGCCGCGUGAUGCGGCCCACUGACAUCCCGGAUUGCGGCUUGCUCUGCGAUUUGCUCUGGUCCGACCCCGACAAAGACAUCACGGGAUGGAGCGAGAACGAUCGCGGCGUCUCCUUCACAUUCGGCCCGGACGUUGUCUCGCGCUUCUUGCAAAAACACGACAUGGACUUGAUAUGCCGUGCGCAUCAAGUGGUCGAGGACGGGUACGAGUUCUUCUCCAAGCGUCAGCUGGUCACGCUGUUCUCCGCCCCCAACUACUGCGGCGAAUUCGACAAUGCGGGCGCCAUGAUGAGCGUGGACGAGUCCCUGCUGUGCUCCUUCCAGAUCCUCAAGCCGGCGGAAAAGAAGCAGAAGUGA